GAUCAAAGCAAAUGGUCACUUAUUUCUUGGUCAAGAGAUCCGUCGACAAAUCAAAGGUGAAACACAAGCAGGAAGUUGAGCUAGAGAAGAAUGUCAAGGUCGAGGAGGUGGUAAUGGUGUACGAUAGGGAGACAAACGAUCUCAUGGUUGCCGACGAGAAUCAACGAGGAUGUGAGGCAGACAAGCACCAUAUAGUGAACUUAUCUGAAUUAACUGAGGUAACAUUUCACUACGAAGUAUCUGGUCAAAAACUUACUAAAGUAUGCUAUGCAGAUCGUAAGUGCGCAACAUGGGGCCAACACUUAUUUUGCUAUAAAGAUGCGUCCCAAGCGCCCUUACCAUCAGCUCCCCCAGCCUCUAGUGCACCUGCCUCCAUGGAUCCAUCUCCUUUCAAACCAUACCCUAUGAGCCCCUCCUCGUUUAAUCCAGC